CAGGCUGUGAACACCUUCCCAGCAGCUGUGGACCAGUUGCAAGGUCUGUAUGGACUCAGCGCCGUGCAAACCAUGCACAUGAACCACUGGACAUUGGGCUAUCCCAAUGUGCAUGAAAUCACCCGCUCCACCAUCACGGAGAUGGCGGCCGCCCAGGGCUUGGUGGACUCCCGCUUCCCUUUUCCCGCGCUCCCCUUCGCCACGCACCUCUUUCACCCCAAUUUUGACUUUCCCAACCUGGCCGUGGCCGCCACGCAGGAGGACCCCCCCAAGGUGGGGGAGCUCACCAAGCUGAGCCCCGGACUGGCGUCGCCCCUGUCGGGCAUCAGCAAGCUGUCCCCGGACAGGAAGCCCUCCCGGGGCCGCCUGCCCUCCAAGACGAAAAAGGAGUUCAUCUGCAAGUUCUGCGGCAGGCACUUCACCAAGUCCUACAACCUCCUCAUCCACGAGCG